AAGUUACUCCAGAUGCGGUUUUUUGUUUAAUCAUUCAGUAAUUCGUUUGUUAAUAAGAAGUAGUUUGUGCUUUAGACUAAAAAUGAACAGACGCUGUAUGUCAGUGUGUUUUGCUCUCCUUGUUUUAUACCCGCUGCAUCUGAGUGGUGUUGUGACGGCUGAUCCGUCUGCAGACGACACGAAGACGUUUUACGAGGAUGGUCUGAGUCUGACCAAACCUUUUCAGCAAGAGUUUGCAUGGGACAUAUCGGGAUCUACGAUGAUCACGGAUAAGUACAUCAGACUGACACCGGACCAGAAGAGUCAGCAGGGAUCCAUCUGGUCCAAGCAUACAAUGAGACAACCAUAUUGGGAGGCUAUAGUGACUUUCCGAGUGCAUGGAAAGGGAAAAACUCUCUUUGGGGAUGGUUUUGCGCUUUGGUACACACAAGAACGCAUGAUGCAGGGUCCUGUUUUUGGAUGCAAAAAUGGCUUCAAAGGUCUAGGAAUGUUCUUCGACACCUACUCGAAUCACCAGGGCGAACAUAAUCAUGCACAUCCAUUUGUAUCUGGCAUGGUCAGUAAUGGAUCUCUGUUGUAUGAUCACGAUAGUGACGGAACUCAUACGCAGUUGGAUGGAUGUCAUAUGCCGUUCAGAAAUCCGGAUGGCGAUACUGCCGUAAGAAUCCGCUACUUCAAAGACACCAUAACUGUGCAUACAGACUUGGACAACUCAGGUCAAUGGAAACUGUGCUUUGAAUCCGAAGGUGUAAUCUUGCCCGUCCACUACUAUUUCGGAAUGUCAGCAGUCACAGGAGAUCUUUCCGACAACCACGAUAUCACCUCGUUUAAGGUGUUCAGCAUACCUUACGAGAUGAGCUUCAAACCUGAGAUGGCAAUGUUGCGUUCCAUCCCCCGAGCUAUGAAGUUUGACACUCCGAGGAAGCGAGUGGACUCCAAAGACUCAUUGCUUUCGAGUACCUUCAGGUCUCCUAUCAAGACGUUCUUAGUAUCAGUGGUGGUAAUUGUCGGUGCUGUUUUUGCAAUUGCAGUUGCCUAUUUGUUCUACAAAGACAGAGAGGAGAAAAAGAUGAAACGAUUUUACUGAGAACAAAACAGAACCGAGAUAUCAUUCAGUCUAAAACGGAAAUGAGUUCGCAAAUUUAGAUAACCCAAAUUGUAGUGCUAUAAAUUUUUCAAGUGUAGUGAAAUGUGGGCUGAUCAUUUUGGUGGGCAUCGUUGAUUAUUUGUCGUUAAUUUAAACUCUUUUUCGUGUAAAUUAUGCUUUUAUUUACUUUCAUGGUUUUCAAGACCAUGUUGAUGUACCUUAUAUAACUUUGACAAAAAACCUUUUCAUAAA